CAUAAAAAUUUUUAUUGGUUUCUGUUCAAUCCCAAAAAACUGAGACAUCUCACGAAGGAGUGCGUUAAAGACACAUAUAUAACACAUGCUGAGAUCUUCAUAUGUUUAAACCAGAACAAUUACCAGUACCUUUAAAGUGUGUAUGCCGGGUAUGUAGUUCCAACCAUUAGGAACUCGAGAUAUGUAAGCUCGAGUACAGAUGGCCUGGUAAAGCUGAACUCAUCGAAUUUACACAUAGCACGCGUUUACAUUGAAUUUAUAUUUCGCUUGGUGUAAAAGAAAAGUGGUUGCAUGUGCUGGUGUGUAGCGGGUUCAAAAGAAAGGUGUCCAAAAUAUCCCGCUGUGUGAUCUCAGUCGAUUAUUAUAAUCAAAACUGAGAAGAUAUCAACAAAUACACGCAGUACUAAGGGAGGAACAUUAUAUCGCUGUACAAUGGAAGCGGUGUGGAACUCAAGACUGAGUCCGACCAUGAGGAGAGACUGGGACUCGUAUUGUAACAAUAACGAAUCAUUUACGGGAGGAUCCCUGCCCGCCAUGCUGCUUCAGUAUAUCCAAAUGAUUCCCGAGUGUGGAGAUUCCUUUCAUCUCACGGACAUUAAACGGUUUUUGUGCUUUAACAUAUUGGUCCAUUUGUUCGUAAACGGUUUGUUCAAAGAUUCCCCUUCCAUUCUAAGAGCAAUUAUUCACGCCGGCAUUCUGAUGAUACAAACAUUUAUACUGGACUUGAUAGGUUUUUUUGACUGGUUCGAUGCAUUCACCUAUGGUUUUGAACAUUCCCAAAUUUUAAGGAACCAGGUCAUCUUCUUCCUGCUCUUGUCUUUUAAACUCCUUAGUACGUUUAGAUGCAACACUAUCAUGGACAAUUUAUACGAUCGGGCAAUAUGUGUUCUUUUCAUACUUGGCGGCUCAAUUUGUGUUUACAUAUAUCCUGUGGGUUUUGUACGCCGACAGGAUAUAGACGAAGAUACUUACCGGUUGCUUACGCGUGUUCUUGGUGUAAUAUGGGCAGUACCUACCGCAGUGUAUAGCUUAGCGUGUGCUCAUUUUUACUUCGUAACGGAACCCACUUUGGAUCUGGAGGACGGUAAGAAUUGCUAUGUCGCGUCCGCUACUAUAUGCAUAGAAAGCACAGUCAAGACUAUGUAUUUUGACAUGCGCAGCUCUGUUGAGAAUGAACAAAUGAGGAGGAAAAUAACAAAAGCGUUUGAAAUGGACCCUGGAACAAAAAUGCGUUUUAAGUACAAGGGACAGGAGCUUGACAAUUUUAAGCGCAUAUUUUUAGAUUUCGAUCCGUUUGUCGACGUGGAAAUACACGUUAUCAUUCUACAUAAGCUAAAAGUAAGAUAUUUCGGUAACCAGUUCGUUAAAGUCUACUGUGGACGAGAUGAUUUGAUAUCACGGCUUAACACAAAUAUUGCUGAAACUUUACAAAUACCAAGAGCGUUGGUUCGACUGAUGCAGAAUAAAACGAAAUGUGAAGAACACAGAACAUGUGCCGAUUACGGCCUUACUGGGUGCUCUGAUACCCAUAUUGAACCAAAUUCCAUAGCCAUACAGCUUGACAGCGGACUGAUUCACAAGGAAGACAUAAAUAUAAAAGCCAGCUUAGGUGAUUACUUGAAGGCCCUUCACCUCGAAAACUUUAGAUCACUAGAUGUUUUUGCAAUACAUUCAGAAACUCAAGAAAGUCAAGGAAACCUGGAUCCGGCCACGCCCCUGUAUAACUUUGUAAAUCCUGAUGCUGAUAUCCCCACACGGAUCUUGGUUAUGCACGGUGUCAUUCGGGUUCAACUAACUUUCCCGUCACCCGAGCUAAGGUACCUUCCUAGUCAGAAACACUGCCUUGUUCACGUAGAGUCAACAAUAGGAGCCUUGAGAAGGCGCUUAAGAGCCAGUCACAUUGUAUUUGACAAUAAGGACCUUUCUGAUGAUGCCACUAUUGCCGAAUGUGGACUGACAGACGAUGCGUUAUUAUUUAACGACUCGACCCAGAAAUUCUCCGUAUCGACCCCGGAGGGGAACAAUCAGUUUUUCAAGUUAAGAGUGAGCAGUACUGUUAGGGACCUCAAAGAAAAAAUACAUGCAAAGACGAAUAUUAAUCUCGAAGAGCAAAAUUUAACCUACAAUGGGGAAACGCUGGAAAACGACAAAAGGCUUUUUGACUAUAAGAUCUAUGGAUGUGGCCAAUCGAUAACUCUGUCGAAACAAAGUCUGAGCGUCGUAGUUUCUCUCCCUGGCAACAAUUCCACCACAGUCAAAUUUCAACUGCAUGAUACGGUUCAGACGCUAAAGCGCUCUAUUCAUGAGAAAACUGAAAUAUCGCCAGAAGAGCAGAGACUUUACCUGGACUCUCGCGAGAUCUUUGACGACAGUGUUCUCUCCGAGGUAGGGUUAACAUCCGAUAAAUCCAUCACGUUAAAGAAAAGAAAAGCCCUUAAGUUGAAGGAGGAGUGGAGGCAAAAAAGCAUACGCUGGAAAAAGAAAUUUGAAGAUUUUGUUCAGUUAACUGAAGAUGACUUUGAGGACGUUGCUGGGCUUUACUUGUGUACCAAAGACCCGAAAUUCCGUAUCAGCAGCGGAAGCGAAAGCACAGAAGUGUAUUUAGGCCUUCUAGGCGACGGGACCGAGGUUGCCGUUAAACGGUAUUUGAUAACGAGCUGGACCCUGGAUAACGAGCUGGACCUGCUGUUAGUGCUGGACCACCCACGCAUCGUGCGCUACCGGAUCGUGGUUCCCGACAAAUCCUUUGCCUAUCUGGUGCUAGAAUUGGGGGAAUACACACUAAAGGAGUACAUUGAGAUCUUAAAACGUAGCAAUCGUUUGAAAGAAAAAGGUCCAACGCUCGUUCGUGAGAUUAUGGAAGGAUUAGAUGUACUGCACAGUUCUGAGCGGAAAAUACUGCAUAGGGACUUAAAGCCUCAGAACGUGCUUAUUGACUGCAAAGGACAUGCGAAAUUGGCCGACUUUGGAAUCGGUAGGAGACUGAACGCCGACCAGAGCACUUUAGUCACAGAGGCAGCUGGAACUCUGCGUUGGCAGGCAAAGGAGACAAUAGUUAAUUCACAGACAGCGCCAUACCGCAGCAGGACAGAUAUCCAGACAGCAGGAAUGUUGAUGUACUAUAUCCUAUCUGGAGGACAUCAUCCUUUCGAUCAAAACAACGAUUCCGACCUAUACUUCGUCAGGCAGAACAUUGUCACCGGAAACUAUGACGUAUCACAGCUUGCAGACGACAUUGCAUGUGAUCUGAUAGAAUGGAUGUUAGCGCCUAAUCCUGAAGACAGACCAUAUUCAAGGGACGUUUUGAUACACCCAUUUUUCUGGGAUACAGAAAGCCAGUACAAGUUUGUUCUAGCAGUUGGAGACGAGAAGGAAGUAAAGGAAAGUUCCAGAAACCGUGCCCAUCCCGUGGUACAAGGCAUCGACAACAUAACGCCGACAUGGCCAGCUGGUGGCACUCAAUGGCAACAGUGUAUAGAGCCCGCACUGGUUUCCGCAAUGACAGCUAGGCGGCCCUACGGAAGCGGCAUAUGUGAUUUGUUGAGGUUUAUUAGAAAUGUGGACGUUCACCUGAAAGAUAAGCCUCUUUCAUUGCAGCAGACGAUCGGCCAGCCGAUAGAGUAUUUCACUAAGUGUCUUCCGUUUGAUACGUUGUUUAUGGGGCUGUACAAAGUUUUAAGGAGUACCCGAAACUCCGCAGACGACUGGACUGUGCGGCCAUCUUUCAAAGACAGUUUCCAUGCACAAAAUUCGCACAUUUGAGAGACAAGCAUUUUCAUGUUAAGAAUCGGGGAAAAGCUUUGUGAUUUAUGAUUCAGUCUCAAAAAGUGCAGUUUUAUUUGUCAGCGAGUCAAUCUGUUUGCUAUUAUAAUACACAAGGGUGUAUUUGGCGGGAGAUUUAAGGUUAAUUUCCCUUAAGUACUACUA